AUGUGGGGAAUCCCUUCUUUCCCAUCCGGGCAACAGGAAGCGGCUGAGUGGUUCUUCUUCCUUACUUCCGGCUUGCUUUUCUUCUUCGUUGGUUUUGGGGUUAUCGUGUGUGCCAUCUACUGGACGACGGGUUUCCUCCUCCCCGCCGGGUUCUGGAUGCGGCUGGUGGCGGCGGCAGAGGUCCAGCAGGUCCAGCUGGGCGCGGCCGCCUCGCUGACCUGUAACAUCUCCUACCUGUUCGACACCACCUGGCUGAGGCACAGGGCCGGACGCACCCCCGAGGUGGUGGCCAGCGGCGGCCUGCGGGAGGGCCGGCCGCUGCAAGGGUUCCGGCUCAGCCCCCGGUACUCGGUGGGCCUGGCCAACAGGUCUCUGGCUCUGAAGAUCCAGCCCGUGGAGGAGGGAGACCUGGGCCUGUUUUACUGCGUCGCCAUGGUGACCUCGCGGCUGGAGGUCGGAGCCGGGACGCUGCUGCAGGCCGAGCCGCCGGGCCUCCAGACCCCGGGCUUCCGGCACGCCUACUGCGUGGUGGUGGGCUCCGGGCUGCUGGUCAUGACGCUGGCCGUCUGCAUCACGCACUGGAAAACCCGCCAGAGGCAGAGGGGGCCCAGCAGGAACCUCCGCCCAUGAGGGCAGAAGCA